AUGUUGUGCCACCCGUGCGAGAAAGAGUUCCACUAUGCGUCGAUCCCGCAGACGACUCUGCAAGGACAGCCGAAGUUCUUUACUCUUGCUUCCCCACUCAUACCCGAAACACUCUCCCUGUUCAGCGUCGUUCGUGAAUUAUGGAUCGGUCUCCGGAAAUGCAUCUGGAUCUGGACUCAUUUCCCCAACGACGAUCACGACGGAAGAAGCGUCCUCUGUGAAAUUCGGGCAUCCUGUCAAGUAUGCCCAGCACUGCACUUUACUGGGGACGAUCGAGAUCGGAGCAGGCGAUGUGGAUGUUUGCACACUGGACACCUUUGUUUCAUCGAUACGUCUCAGCAACAGAGCUCGCUGUCGUCAGGGGUUGGUCGGCAGCGGCGGGGUCCACCAUCUGCGCCACCGAGACAGUGUUGA